AUGAGAGUAGUAAGCUACUUCAGUACCAUCAGGCAAUCCACUAUCUUCAAAAACCAGCUUGUACAUCCUCUGAAAAACAAUCUGAGGCUUGAUGAUUGGGUGUUGUGCCGACUAUACAACAAGAAAGGGACUCUUGAAAAGCAUUACAAUGUUGAUCAGAAGACAUUGCAAUUUUCAGAUAGUGAAGAGCAGAAACCGAAAUUGGAUGGUUUCGUAUAUAAUGGGAAGGUAACACUAGUUCAGCCGGCCCUUGAACCGCAAUUAGUGAAGAAUAACUACUUGCAUUCUGAAGCGUCUGAAUCAGUCCUCAAGUUACAUACUGACUCGAGUAGCUCUGAGCAUGCGUUAUCACCGGAGUUCAUGGGCGAUAAGGAAGUCCAAAGCGUACCAACAUGGAAUGGCUUCGAGAAACCCCUUGAUUAUCAACUUAAUUACAAGGAUGACUUCCAAUAUGAUCCUUUCACUUCUCAAAUGCAGUACAGUGAUCAGUUUUCUUUGUUCGAUAAUGUGUUCAUGUACACGCAGGAGCCCUUCUAA